AUGACGGAACGCUACACGACAGGUAGAAUAAAUCCUCGAACAGGGACGUUGAUGCAUCCAGAACGACCACGUCGUUGGUCCAAGGACGACGACAUCUUGCACACUCCAUCAUUUGCUUACGAUCAAGUCCGUGUGAGUGGCUUCCCACCCGUGCGUUUCGGCAGUUGGCAUCGCUUUCACUCGGAUAAUACUCAUGUCUUUAAGCCUGACUCGUCGUCUACUGCACGAAAACCUGCGUAUUUCCACGUCGGGAUUGAUAUCAAGCAGAUUUUGACACCGACUACUACUCGAGCACGCAAGACAAAGAUUAUUUGUGCUAUUGGACCAGCAUCGUGGUCUGUUGAGAUGCUGGGUCAAUUAUUGGAUGCAGGGAUGAAUGUGGCAAGGCUAAAUUUUUCCCAUGGAGACCAUGAAUUACACAUGAAAAGUCUAAUAAAUUUGAGAAAAGCAAUGGCCACACGACCGAGAUGUCAUUGUGCUGUGUUGUUGGAUACGAAAGGACCGGAAAUCCGGAGUGGCUUUUUAAAAGGACAUCGACCGGUACAAUUGAAGGCUGGACAGACACUAGAAAUUACUACGGAUUAUGGACUAGAAGGUGACAGCUCUCGUGUUGCAUGCACGUAUGAGCAGUUGCCAACCUCGGUGUCAAUUGGUUCCAAGAUUUUGUGUGACGACGGGAGUUUAAUUAUGACAGUGAUAGAAUGCUUACCAGAGUCAAUCAUUGUGCGAGUGCAUAAUGAUCAUGUGCUGGAAGAGAAGAAGAACAUCAAUCUGCCAGGAGCGGCUAUUCAGAUACCCGGUAUUACCGAAAAAGACAAGGAUGAUCUGCUAAAUUUUGCGAUUCCAAAUGGAGUAGACAUUGUGUCAGGGUCUUUUGUGCGCUCAGCUGCCAAUGUGCGAGCGAUACGGAAGUGUCUUGGCGAAGCAGGUCGACACAUUCGCGUUCAUGCAAAGAUUGAAAGCCAGGAGGCUCUGCAAAAUAUUGACGAGAUUGUUGCUGAGGCUGAUGGUAUCCACGUAAGCCGUGGCGACCUUGGUAUGGAGCUGUCACCUGAACGAGUAUUCUUGGCGCAGAAGAUGAUUAUUGGCAAGGCCAAUCGCGCUGCUAAGCCUGUGGUCACUUCCACACAAAUGUUACAAUCCAUGACAAAAAAAAUGAUGCCAUCCAACGCAGAGUGCACUGAUGUGGCAAACGCAGUGCUAGAUGGCACGGAUGCCAUGAUGUUAUCAGCAGAAACAGCCAAAGGCAUGUACCCGAGGGAGGCAGUGGAAACCAUGGCCAGAAUUUGUAUCGAGGCAGAGCAAGCGCUCGACUAUGCGGAAGUAUACCGCCUGCACCGUGCCAGCAGUAAGCACGUAAGCCUUUGCGAAAAUGUCGCCAGUUCGGCUGUUGAGAUUUCUUUGGACAUGGACAUCAAGCUGAUCAUUUCGAUCACUGACACAGGCUCAAGUACGAAGCUGCUCGCCAAGUAUCGUCCAAAAGCCAACAUAUUAGCUGUAACAUCCUCUACUUUAACGUCGCGUCAGCUCUCUGGGGUAUCACGAGGAGUAACGGCACUGUUGGUAGGAUCCAUGACAGGUGUAGAAGAUCUUACCCGAAAAGCCAUCGAAUACGCAAAGGAUGCGGGUUUGAUAAAGAGCGGAGAAAUAGCAAUUCUCGUUCAUGGACUGGACGAUGAUGUAUCGUCGUCAACGAACGUGGUAAAGGUGAUUGAGGUUGCCAAGCAGGGCUACACAAGUCCAAAGCAGAGCUUUUUCAGUGGUAUUCACAUACCUUUCACUAAUUAA